AUAAAUCUUCUAUUAACACUAUCAACAAAUAUAGCCCUAGCCCUAUUACUCGUAAUUAUCGCUUUCUGACUACCCCAGUUAAACACAUACGCAGAAAAAACAAGUCCCUAUGAAUGUGGGUUCGACCCCAUAGGAUCUGCCCGCCUACCAUUCUCCAUAAAAUUUUUCUUAGUAGCAAUCACCUUUCUCCUCUUUGACCUAGAAAUUGCCCUUCUACUUCCUCUUCCCUGAGCAAUCCAAACAAAUAAUCUAAAUACAAUACUUACUAUAGCCCUAUUCUUAAUUUCCUUACUAGCAGCUAGCCUAGCUUAUGAGUGAACCCAAAAAGGCCUAGAAUGAGCUGAAUA